UUCCCCCGAAUGUUUGACAAACCUGGGCACUGACACAUGUGAGCACAGCCUGGGGAGUAUUUUGGCCGUUUAACAACAUGCUAAUAUUGACUGUAAUACUUUUAUGAAGCCAGAAAACUUGGAGAACCGCGGUGGUAACGUCUUUUGUUCCGUUUCUGCAAAACAUAGCGACAGUCUGUGUUUCCUAGUUGUAUUACUUUUGACGCAACCGCAGUUUAAAGUAAGCUAUGGCGAUGCUACGGUUCUUCACAAGCAAAGGCUGUAAUGUGCUCUGGAAAUGCAGUCACUCUGUGGGAUUCAGUGUUGCCAAGAGAUCAGUGAGCAGUUUUCUCAGACAUCACAGACUAGCCAUCCCUGCUCGCCACUUCAGUGCAGGAAGUCCUGUGUGGAAAGAUGCUCUCCAGACUAAAACGGACAAAUCCGAGGAAGUAGAGACAUUAGAUCUGGACCAAUGGAAGUCUGUCAUGAGAUCUCAAGCUGCACUUGAGGAGAAACAAGUCAGCGGUGAAGUUGAAGCCAGCGGUGAUGGUGACAACCUGGCAGAACCAGAAGGUGAUUUAAAGGAUGUUUCUUCACUGGAGGCUACCAGGGAUCUGGUCAACAUGUGGAGGCAAGCUGGGAAGUUGGUACCCCAAGAGAUGACGGAUGAAGAGGUUGAAACACUGGCUAAGCUCACCACCAAAUCCUCCAGGAAGAAGUACCUGAAGUACCUGGCUCUCAAGGAAGGUCACAAACUGGCCCGUAAGGAGAAGCAGCAGCAGAAGAGGGCUGAAAGGGAAGCCUCAUUGCAGGAGAAGAAAGAAGAAGAUGAGGACGAUGAAGGAGAACCCAAAUUGAAAAACACAUUUGUCCUUCAGUUCUGGAACCGCUCUCUGGACAAACUGCUGGCCUGGAGGAGCGCACAGGCCAUGGUGUUGGGUCAGCCGCUGGUGUUCGACAUGAGCUACGAGUCCAACAUGUCCAGGCGGGAGUUGGGGAACACGGUGUCCCAGCUGAUGGAGGUGGAGGGGUGGAACCGGCGUGCCAUUGAGCCCUUCCACCUCCACUUUUGCAACCUGCAGCCAGAUGGGCUCUAUGAGCAGGAGCUGCUGAAACGAUACGGUGCAGAGACCUGGGAUCGCCUGUUAAUCACCAGCACCGACCGCCAGCAUGUGGAUGUGUUCCCUCGUGAACAGCUUGUGUACCUCACGGCAGACUCCCCUAAUGUUCUCCGCACCUUUGACCACUCCAAAGUCUACAUCAUCGGAGCUCUGGUGGACCGGUCCAUCCAGUCAGGUGCGUCGUUGGCCAAUGCCAAGCGCCUGAAGCUGGCCACAGCCCGCUUGCCGCUGGAUGAGUUCCUCCACUGGGAGAUAGGAGCCAAAAAUCUGACUCUGGACCAGAUGAUCCGCAUCCUGCUAACGCUCAAGGAGACGGGGAAAUGGGAGGAGGCACUGAUGUUUGUGCCUAAGAGGAAGCAUGAUGGCUUCCACCAACAGAAGACACAAAUCACCAAUAACAGAGCAAAAAGUGAUACAAAUCAUGGACAAAGACAUGGGGCCAACGGGUCUAUGAGGUCUGAAGAUAGAAAUAGUGCAAGGACAUUUAUAAGCCAAGGUAUUUACAAACCCCAUAAAGAGUCUGGGUUCUCUGGUAGGGACAGAAUGGCUGGACCGGCCGGUGUCAGAGAAAAGAAACAAGCAACAUCCAAAGUACGGACAUCGUUUAAGAAUGACAUGGAAACAAGAAAAACUACAGGCAAAAACAAAAUGUGGUGGAAGGAUGAGUGACUCUAACAAGAACUUCAACUUUGGUUUACAAGGAUGUAUGUUAAGAAGUGUCUGAGGGUAUGUCAACAAUUGAUACAAAUAGUGAAUAAAAUGUAAUAUGUG